AUGACUGAGGUCAGACCAAAACACUCUCGGUCGACAUCAAUCACCAAGAACAGUACGACUUCGCAUCAAAGAAAGUCUUCUUUGAGUGCCCAACAAAAAUCAUUUAGUAACAACUCUGCUCCAACUUUAAAUACGGCCCACUUUGAAAACAACAAACGUCACUUUCACCAUAAAUCGAGCCCUUCACUAUCCGAGCUGUUCAACCAGCUCAUCUUUAAAGUACAUUCUUUCUUGAACCCAUCCGGACCACUAUUACCACACUCCAAACACGCUUCUGCUUUUGGUGGAACGGCAAAACGCUCGUUAUGGACAACCCUUUCUCAAUCUCGACUGAUUCGAUUCUUUGUUUUAUUUUACGCCAUUUUCUCUGUCUUUUUAACUCUCAAUCACGGUUGGAAAUAUAUUACAGGCUCAAAGCCUCCGGAUGUGGAAAAGAAACAAGUAGUUACUUUUGACGAUAACUGGGUGCCUCAAAGAACAUACGACCAAGAUAAAGUUUAUUCACUACUUGACACAAUGUCACACGGUUUGAAAAUGCACAAAUUGUUUUCGAAAAGCUAUUAUGAAGCAGCCAAGAGCAUUCAACCUUUCUGGUUAAAGGCAAGAAACACACCCUCAAAAGAUCAGGUAUCUAUCAUUACUACCGUCACAGCUGAGACUUGGCCCAACCUACGUCGAUUGACCGUGUAUUGGGAUGGUCCUAUAUCCGCUAUUGUUCACGUCGACAGUCAAGAUGAAUCGGCAUUGGAAAAUAUCAAACAGGAGUAUGCUGAAACUGCUGAACUGAACCAUAAUGUCGAUCUUCACCUUAUUCGAAUUCCUGGAGAGAAGCUUUCAGUUCUCUUCCCUCGAAAUGCCGAACGCAAUCUCGCACGUCUACUGUCAAGAACAGAUUAUAUCAUGGAUGUGCCUGCCGAUAUGAUUCCUGCUUCAGACCUUCGUCGUACAUUAGAAGCAAAUAAGGAAAAAGUAAAGGAAUUACUGGAAGCAGGCGACUUGCUGGCACUACCCACUUUUAGCUUUAAGGACAAAGAUAUACAAAAAGAAGAUAUCCCUAUUGACAAGGGCCAAUUGAUCAAUAGUUUGCAUGAAGGCAAAAUGGUAUUGGACGAUAAGCACUGGAAAGAGAACGAGGGUCCCACUGAUUUGGAGAAAUGGGUUGAUGCAAGCACACUGUAUGCUAUUGACAAAUAUGAGUUCCACUAUGAACCUGUCGUCAUUGAAAGUAAAAUCGUUCAGCCUUGGUGCUCUGAACGAUUCUUGGAUAGUCGAGCCGCUUGCAUUUUCUCUAGUUAUUUGCAAGGAAAUGAAAUUUAUGUCAUGCCUGACGAUUAUAUGAUACAGAUGCCAGAUGAUCGUGUCCCUGACGUUUCAGAUUUCGAUCGUGUCGUGGAAAAUAGAAUCUAUGCAAAGUUUUAUUGGGAGCAAUGUGUACAUCACGCUAGACAGUUGGACGCAUUAGGUUUAUGGGAUACACCUCGCUCAGAACAUAUCAGAAGUCAGUGCUCACGGGUGAUACAAAACUGGGGAAAAGGCCUGAUAGGCAAACCUGAGUAA